AACGAACUCUUAAGUACCUUUGAAGAUUAAUAGGAUCAGUUUUCUUUUGGAUACCGACGAGUAAACAUAGAAGCUCUCUUUCUUUCUAAACAUCGUACAAGAAUAACGAAGAUCAAAUAUAUAUACAUACAUAGAUAAAUAGAUACGUACAUUACACGGAUACAUAUGGAUCAUCAACAACAAAGACCUGUGUUGUCUCUUAAACAAGGAAAAAUUCAAGGUGUUAUCGAGGAUAACGUUUGUGGUAAUAAUGAUCACUUUUUGGCAUUUCGAGGAAUACCUUACGCGAAACCACCGAUCGGCAAGCUUAGAUUUAAGGAUCCAUUACCUCCAGAAGGAUGGAAAGGGAUAAGAGAUGGUUCAAAAUUCGGUAAUAUUUCCAUUCAAGUAGCGAUAACUGGCGAAAUAGUAGGAAGCGAAGAUUGUCUCUAUUUAAAUGUCUAUAAACCAAGGAGAAUCGAGAUGUCUGUGAAAUUGCCAGUAAUGGUUUGGAUUCAUGGUGGUGGUUUCAAUCUAGGAUCAGGAAACGAUAACAUGUACAGUCCUGAUUACAUCGUCCGUAAGGACAUCAUACUCGUCACGAUCAAUUAUCGACUUGGUGUAUUAGGAUUUCUUAAUCUGGAGGAUGAGGUUGCACCGGGUAAUCAAGGCUUGAAGGACCAAGUAAUGGCAUUACGCUGGGUCAGAGAUAAUAUCGUAGUAUUCGGUGGCGAUCCUCAGAACGUAACUAUAUUUGGUGGAAGCGCUGGCGCAGCCUCGGUUCAUUACUUAACAAUAUCACCGUUGGCAGAAGGAUUAUUUCACAAGGCUAUAGCGCAAAGCGGCUUAGCCACCAACUUUUGGGCUUAUACAUUGGAUGAACCCAAAAAAUACGGUUAUCAGUUAUCAGCGAAGCUAGGUUUCGAAUCGUUCGAUCCUAAAGCGGUCGUUGAUUUUCUUCGAAAAAUGGAAGUUACGAAGCUCGUCAAAUAUCAAUCCUAUGUAACUUUCCCGAAGGAAAAAUUAAUAUUCUUCUCACCGUUUCUACCAGGAGUGGAUUAUAAAUCGAAGAAUCCAUUUUUAACACAACCACCAGACAUCGCUAUGCAACGUGGUAUUAAGGUACCUUUCUUGUUAGGUUUUAACAGUAAGGAAGGAUCCUUUUUCUUGGGUACUAGUAGUAUCUCACCUGCGAUUUUGAGAAAAAAUCGUCGAUCCACCUUCAAAGAUUUUAUAUCGCCUGCUCUUGCGAGAAAGCUCGAAGAAAAAAAUAUCACCGUGAAUGAUUUCGAACGUUUGUAUUUCGGAGAGAAUUCGUUCGACUGCAAACCUUCCAAAAAUAUUAUGCACUUUUUAGGCGACGUAUUGUUCAUUUAUCAUAUUUUUGAAUUCGUACGAAUGAUAGCCAAGAUAAAUAAAUAUCCAGUAUACUUUUAUAAGUUUUCUUACGAGUGCACAAAUGCGUCCUUCAUGAAGACGAUCAUGGGCAUUGAGAUACCAGGAGCGACGCAUGGCGACGAACUAUUUUAUAUGUUCUAUGGAAAACUUCAAAAAUUGGUAUCCUUGGAACCACAUAGUCCUGGUACAAAGGAUUACAAAAUAAUGGAAUAUUUUACACAGUUGUGGACUGAUUUUGCUAAGACAGGAAAUCCUACACCUAUUACUACAGAACUUAUUCCCGUUUUAUGGGAACCUUUGAAAAGGAAUACCAACGAAUAUAAUUACUUCAACAUUGAUGAAAAUUUACGAAUGGAGAGCAUUCCAAUAGGUAUACAAAGAUUCGAGUGGAAUACGAUGAUGAAGAACAAAUUAUAAAGAUGAAAGAUAGACGUUUCGUUGAAAAACAAAUUGUAUCAUGUCUAGAUUAUAUUUGUUUUCUUACUACA